GGAAAACUGGCUGGCGGGAAUGAUGAGCCGUCUGACGAUUUCCCCAAUAAUGGGAUUAAGAGACCAAUGUUGAAGUGUACUCAAUACUGAAGAUAUUCAACAAUCAUGGUGAGAGUGCUAUCCUGUCAUCACUUCAACUCUCAGGAUGUCUUCACUACGGAGAACAAGCCAGUAUCUGUAUGUGUAUCUAAGGACUUGGUGUUUGUAGCAACAGAAAACUGUAAGAUACAGGUCCAUUCAUUGACCACCAUUGGCUGCCCUUAUGUCUACACUUUAGAGACAAUAGAUGCAGUCAAGCGUAUCAUUCACAAUGAUGCAGGAGGAUAUGUUGCUACUUUGGAAGAAUCCAAGUUGAAGUCUGAUUGUGUCUUCAUUCGUAUAUACUGGAACUCUGACAUUCAAAAUCUUGGACCUUUGAGACAGUCCAACCAUCAAGACAGUCCAGAACACGAAAAUGGGGAACAAGACAUGUAUGAGAUUGCGUCCAAAGAUUCCCCAUCUUAUAUUGCUUCCUGUGAUAAGAGUGGCAACCUUGCUGUGUCUUACAAUGCAACUGUCAGUGUGUACUCUGUAAGGGCUAAUGCUUUGACUAAUGGAGCCUCUGAGAAACAAGUCAAACAUCUUAUUGAUCUACGGUUUAGUUUUCCGAUUCAUGAGAUUGCAAUGUGUGAAGAUUACAUUGCAUGUUCGUACCAUCAGAUUGUACAAGUGAUCAAGCUAGAAUGGGAAGGGGAUGUUGAUAGUAGUGAACAGUCAGAAGAUGUUAAUAGUGCAAUCAAACCUAUAGAAGAUACCCUUCCUCAACCCCAAUCUGAAGAAACAAAAUACAUUCUUCAAAAUAUCAAACAGAGACAGGAAGGUGUUGAGAAUUUCAAUGUGGAUGUGGGAUUAGGUCAUGUAGAUUUACGAUCAACCAACAGAGAGACAUACACCCCAAGUCCUUCUCCCAGUAGCUCAGAUAGAUCAUCAAUGAAAGAUACUAAGGAUGGUCACAAAUAUAUUGUAGAGGAUGAACACUAUGUUGACUGGGUAUUUGAAACUGAUGAAGCCACUGAUAAGGACACUCUUCCUAGCAUUGGGCUUAGUCCAUCAAGAUCAAAACCAAACAACCAUCCCAGAAAUACACUUUGUAUUGCAAGUAUAGAGCAGGCUCAUCAAAGGGCCAAAGAGAAGGAAAUGAAGAGUAAAUCUGAGUUCCUUGGACCUGGGGUCAAUGACGCUAAGGCUGGAUGUACUGUUACAGUCUACUUAAAAGAUUGUAAGUUGAUAAAAGAAGAGGUUACGACAUAUCUGUAUAGGAAGUUUCCACCAAUGGAUACCAGUUUGCACUCGUUACAACUUGUACCUGUUUAUACUUUGGCCAAGAGUUCCAAGGCAGCCAAGCUCUCGAAUGACCAGAAUCCAUUCCAUUCUGAUCGCCAUGGCAACCUAGUGUCCCUAAGCUGUUUCAUCAGUAGCAACAGAGAAGGAUUCCUAUACAACAUAGUAGGCUCAGAUGUGAAACUGCUUUCUAUGUACCCAUACACAUCAAACAGCAAAAAGGUUGUGAUCAGCCCCAUACUGCUACAUGCCAUUACUGACACAGGGAUAGAGACUUACACAACUAGAUGUCAUGUUACAGCCCUACAUAAUAUUGAAGUAGUUGACAAUGUCACAAAUGCAAUCCCAAAGAUGGACUUAGAUAUCUGCCUGAUUGGUAUGCAGCCAUUCAUAGGUGUCCAGGACAUGUGUGUUAAAGGAAGACACCUGGUGCUCAUGUCUAAGGUUGAGGAUAUGGAGGACUCUCAAAGUGAAGGUAACUGGAGUGUCUAUGCACUUAGAAACAGCAGUCCAGCUCAAAUCUACCAAGAUAUGUUGGAGUUUGGUUGCCAACACAAGACUACAGGUCCCCCUGCCUACUUACACCUACUACAAGAGGCACACCUGGUUGCCAGGUCACAUUGUAGCUUCACCAAGAACAGAGACACGUCAGCUAAUGCCCUACUCUGUGAAUCUUGCUCUCUGUUGGCCCAGUGUUACUGCAAAGGUAGUGCAGAGGAGAGUCAACUAGCCUUGCCUUACUAUAACAUGUCCAGUCUACCAGUUGAAGAGAUCAUGGAACAGUUUCAGCAGAUGAAACUUGAAAACCAAAAGGAGGGGUAUGGAGAUGGAGUCAUUCACUACCUGAACCAUCUUAUAUUCCAGGACACCAGCAGUAAACUCAAUCUGCCAAAUGCUACAUGUGACCAGAUACUCAGUAUCUAUAGCAACAAGGAACCAGAGGUCCUCUCUGAUGUCAUACUACAUUCAAGACUAACUGGAUACUCUCAAGAAUUAGCAGCCUCUGUGCUGAAGAUUUACAUUGAUGAGGGGUCUACCAAAAGGUCCAGCUUAGACUUACUCUGUCUUGCCAACCUGCACCUGGCACUAGGAGACAUGGAUGAGGCCUCAAUGUGCAUCUUUGCCAUGUCAAAGACUGAGCUGGUGAAUAUAUGCCUGGCUGAACAUUCUAUGUUACACGAUAGCCUGGCUACAUUCACUCCACUGGCACAAUUAAUCCGACAGAGGCACCCAAAGCAGUUCAUCAGUAUCUUAAUAGGCCUGUAUGACAACAAUGUGCUCACCAUGGAGACAACUGUUAAGUUACUUCAGGUGAGCUGUGAUGGAUUAGUGUCUGAAAACCAGCAUGUCAUUCUCUUCCUAGAGGCCUUGCUCAAUGAUGACAAGCGCAAUGCAAUAUUUCCACAAGUUUCAAGGCAGUUGUGUGAGAUUUACCUUGAGCGACUAGCCCAUUGGAGACCUUUACCCAGAGAACUUCAGCCUGUGUCACAUACACAUAUACCAAGGGGUAGGGGCCAUUUUGCCAAGAGGUUUGGCUGGCUAGAUGACCUGCCACCAUUCCAAGGUGCAAAUAUGAGGCAGAGACCUUGUCUAUACCUUAAUAAACCUACAGAUAUAAAUAGGGCUCCAUCUUCAGACCAGGGGGAUGGAUAUGGUACCUGUCCCUGUUGUUGCUGCAAUGAGGACCUGCUAAAACUUCAGUCCUUACUCUGCUCAAGCCAUACUGACAAUAACUUGUACCAAUUGGUGCUUGAGAAGACACACAGUCAUAAUGGACCAAACAGAGUGGGCACCAAAGACAGUAAAGGACCCCUCAGACAGACCACAAAAGGUCUGAGUGAACCACAUAAAGACCAAAAUCAAAGCUAUAGUGAACCAAUUGCAGGGUGCGCCCAAGGACCUAGUGGACCAAUCAGAGGGCAGAGAUCAUUAGAGGUGUUAUGUCUCUGUAUGGAGUGUGCCACCCUCCCUCUAGAUAUUCUCUUGGAUCAUUUUCCUAGUGUUCUACCCAUUUACACUGCUUCGCAAUUCUACACUAAUGCUAACCAGUGGUCAUAUCUGUUGACUGUUAUGUUAUCAAGGAUCGAGCUUGAGACUUGCGCUGAGUCAAAAGAUAUGUAUGAGAAUACAUUGAAAGAGACACUUUCCCGAAUGGUUGAGUUACUUCCUCCUAAGGUCUUCCUGAAUGUACUGCCAAAGGAUGAUGAUGUCACAAUUUGUCUUCCAUACAUCAACAGAUGUUUUGAACGAUUUCAAGCAGAGAAACUUAAGACUGAAAUAAUUAAUAGAGGUCAUCAGCUAGAAGCUACCUUAUUUUAAUGAGAGGUGUCUCGAAUUGCAGUUACUAAUUCCGUCCAAAAUAAAAUCCUGUAAGACUACAAGUUCAAUUAUAAAAUUCUCAGUAGUAUAUUAAUCCAUGAUUAAUCACAGAAAACCACCUGGUCAACAAUGUUUUUGGUGAAUUUGAUUAAAAGUAUCCCAGAUCCACUGAUCAAGAUAUUAUUAUAGGUUGGACAAAAAUUAUAAUUAAGGAUUUAAGUCCUUGACUCUGUGCAAUGUGGAAUGACCAUUCCUUAAAGGUUUUGCUUUCCAAAAUUUGCAUGAGAUGCUUUGCAUCGAGUGUUAAUUUUUUGGUCAAUCCACAAUACAUUGCGUCUUGGGCUUAAAUUCUUUUCACACAUUGCAAAAUAUUUUCUUCCAUGUCACUUAAAGGA